CUCCUCAAGAGACUGAAAUUACCAUGCGACCAUCAACAGACGGACGAAUGUUGCUGCAAGAAGAUGGCCCUUCUACUGACAUGGAGCUUGAACUAAUGCAACAACUAGUGAACCCUAUGCAGGACUGCAGUCGCCAGAGAUUACGCGCAAUCCAGAUGGGCCUCCGUCGUGACGGAAACAUUGAGUCCCGCAUAACUUCAAACGAAUUAAAGCUUGUUUUCAAGGAGAAUGGCCUUAGGUUGCCGUCACGAGCAUUCCAGAUGCUAGUGUCUAAAUAUGAGGAUAACCAGGGAAUUGAUUAUGAGAAGUUGUGGAAGUGUUUAGUGAAAACUCAACAGAACUCCGGCCGUGAUAGCGUCCGUGCUAUGAAUGCCCGAAACCACAUGGACACAGCUAACGCCGUGACAGUGUUGCCGGAUGUGAGAGAUGCAGAGCUGAUUAAGAGGCUAGAGAAACAAUUCAUGAAAGCAAAAUUUCAACCCGAACUGACCGAGUUAAGGCUUAUAUUUCAAGAGCGGGAUGAAGGAAAAGGAGGUCAGAUUUCCAGACAUGAGGUUGUUCAGACGUGCAGCGACUUUCAUCUCCCCAUAUACGGAGCUCUGUUGAACAGUUUAUUGAGGCGAUGUGAUGAUGAGAAAAAUGGAAAGAUCAGUUGGCCAGAGAUGAUGUCUUUCCUUGAUAAGGCCUGGCAGAACCUUGUCCAAGUUAACGAAGACGCAUUCAGAUCUCGGCCCAGACUAACGCCUCCAUCUCGACCUACUUCCGCCAUGCGCCCAUCCUCUGUACGACCCGCACCUCGAGCUGCAUCUACUGUCGAUGGGGAUAAUGUGAUAACACAUCCAACAAAGACUUCGAGGCAGAUAGUGCAGAGUGCUUUGCAGAAGAAGGGUUCAGUGAGUUCCCUGGCAUCAAAAAAAGGCAAGACAGAAACCACAGAAGGCAAGAAUACAACAGAAUCAAGCGGUCAGAUUGCCGAAGACAAUUGCCGGUCAAACUCUAAUGACAAUUCAUCGUACACAGCGUUUACAAGAAAAGUGGUCCCUGGUAUAGAUCAAGAUGACGGGUCUUCUUAUGCGAGAGCUCCUAACGCCGAUACACAAAAUGAACAAGAUAAGAACAGACCUUUGUUGAAGAAAUCAUCAUCUGGGAGUGGGUUCUUUAAAUCUGUCCGUAGUUUCCUGUCUGGCAGUAAGAAGGAAGAUAACAAGGCUCCUGCUAUACCCCUCAUACAGGUUGACAAACACACGGACAUCAAGGAGGAGUCAGCAGCUGAACUAACUGCUCAAAAUACGCUGGUAUUGAGUCCAACAGAAAAGUACAUGAAGACCAAGAUCCGGAAUAAGGAAUUGAAGCUGUGGUUUCCAGAUGACUUUCGCCCUGGCGAGGACCACUUAGAUCCACCAUUAGAAAGGCUACAGCUGGACUGGGUAUAUGGCUACAGAGGACAUGACUGUCGCAGCAACAUCUACGUCAUGGCGAAUGGAGAGGUGAUUUAUUACAUAGCAAACAUAGCCGUUUUGUAUGACGUCGAAGGUCACAGCCAGAGACACUACAAAGAACACAGCGAUGAGAUCAAAAGUAUGGCAGUCCAUGAUGACGGUGUAACCGUGGCUAGCGGACAAUCGGCGGCUUGUCAAAAACUUAAAUACGGUGGGGCUCACGUUCGAGUUUGGCGAGCUGACACCCUACAAACCUUGAAUAUAAUUGGCGAUGAUUAUUUCGAGAAGAGUAUAGUGUGUUUAGCCUUCCCGACAUCGAAAACCAAGGCAGGGGACGAGAGUGUACGCUAUUCACCAGGUGUAGAGGACAGACUGGUUGUGAUUGACAAGAGUAAGGACCAUUUGAUGUCGGUGUGGAACGUAUCUAAAGCUAAAGAGCUCGCUCGUAUUAAGAUUCAAACUGAUGUGACUUGUGACGUUGAUUUCAAUCCCAAGAACCCGGAUGUGAUUGUCACAAUAGGGAAAGAGCACCUUGUGUGGUGGCGUUUCAAUGCAGAGAGAAGUUUGAUCGAAGUGCACUCUCGUCCGGAUUAUCAGACCCAUCUUAGAGCCAUGUACGUAACAUGUCUGACACAUAACGAGAGCGGCGAUACUAUUACAGGGGAUUCUAACGGCACUAUAUACGUCUGGGGUUAUCCUGGAAACAACAUUACCAACAUGGUCAAACACGCUCACAACGGCCCAGUGUUUUCCCUGCUUCUGUAUAGGAACGCACUCAUUACCGGUGGCCGCGAUCACAAGAUCAAAACAUGGUUGUGUGAAAAAUACAUGGAUUCAGUCGGUUCCCUUGAGAUUCCACCUACAGAGGGCGGCAUACGCAUGAUACAGUUGCACAAAGGCCUUCUAAUGUUGGGAACGACAGCGAAUACUGUACUUAGGAUUUCAAUUAACAAGAAUGGUGCGCCGCUAGAUGGCGCUGUUUUAGAACGCCCGAUGACAGAGUGUCAUUUUGAUGACCUUCGUGGACUGAUGGCGUUCGGUGAUGUCGGUCGGCCGACCCAGUUUCUUACUGCAGGGUAUGAUGGAGCCAUUUGUCUGUUCGAUGCAGAACGGAAGCUAUCUUUAUGGAAAGUUGUAUUGAAGGAAACGAGUGCACUUUGUGCCGAUGUCUCGUCAGAUGGCCGCGUGCUAGCCAUAGGAACCAGAGACUGCGCUUUGGUGUUGUUGAACAUUCCUGAAUGUCAAAAGUCCGAUGAGAUAGUAGAUGAGGAUGCGUCAUCUAUCAGACCAGACAUACGAGAAUUAACGCGGGUCAAACUCUGUAAUCAAAAACCAAGUUGUGUGAAAAUUUCGCCAGACCAGAAACUAGUGGCAAUCGCUUGUUAUGAUAACAUCAUCUACAUCGUUGGUCAACUCGAAAGCAGCGUUGAUGAACACCCCGAAAUGUUGGAAGAGAAUGCGACAAUCGAAUGGGCUGUCUUGCGAAAAUGCAAGGGCCAUGUGUCGAACAUCAAUGGUAUUGACUGGUCCAUCGUUCACCCAGUUGACCAAUAUAUGCUGCGUUCAAGCGAUUAUGGGCUUGAUACAUUUGUGUGGGACGCGAGAACAGGUGAGCAGAAGACAAACCCUAACGAGACCCGUAAUAUCUCGUGGUCAACGAACCACUGUCGCAUCACGUAUAACCUCGCAGGAGUUUGGAGCAGCAAGAUUGGCAAGGAGGCUGAGAUAACUGCCGUAUGUGUCAGCCCUGAUAAAAGGCUUGUGGUCGUUGGUGAUAACAGGGGCUAUAUUGGUCUCCUGAAGCACCCGUGCUGUAACGACAGUCCCUUCUGCCAUGUCUAUCGAGGUGCCGUAAACGUCCAAGAUAUUAGGUUUACACAAAAUGGUAAAUACGUCCUAACGACAGGUGGACGAGAUACGUGUGUGAUGCAGUGGACCAUUGUAUGAACCAGUCUCGCUACAAGCUAACAUGAAAGAGAAUGCGGUUUGCUGCAAGAUAUGCAGGAUACAUCGAGACAGCAGGUUAAAUUUUACUGUGAACAAAGUCCACCCAAGAAGCCAUAUGAGCCAAGGACUUCGAAAUUCAAAACUCGACUCCUUCAGUCGAACGUAAGCAUGGUAGGCCUUUUGAUACCUUUUAAAACCGGCCAACACUGACGGCCACGGUACGAACGAACCGGCCCCAAUCCGGAUCGAAGCCGGUUCAGCUGACCCGCACCGUCUAAAUGGGAUUUCACUCCAGGUGAACUGACCUUGUCGGAACCGACCCGGGGUGGGUUUAUAUGC